GCAGAAAGCGACUCCGAUAAAGCUGAACAGAAGCGCGCGUGUGCACACCCCAGUCUCUUUCUCUCUGUCUUGGAAGUGCAACGUUGCUGUGCCGCCGAUUGCACGUGUGUGUGUGUGGGUAUGUGUGUGUGUAAAGACGGUGCGUGUCCCACAUAAGGUGCUUCUCCUCCCACCACUAUGCAGAGGCUGCAGUGUUUUCGUCGCUCAUUGUCACAUUACAAAUGUCCUGUGGCUCAAACCUGCCCGCUCCGCUUCUCGCUGCGUCGCCGCAGCAGCUGCAGCAACAGUAGUGAUGCUGGCGAGACGGUCUUGGCCGCAGAAACGCGUGCUCCAUCCGCAUCGUCGUUCAGUGCACCACCACAGACACCACCUGCAUCGAUGUUGUCGUCGUCGCUCAUCGAAAAUGGACGCUCGAGGACAUCGGCGUUUGCACAUCUCUUCAACGACGUUUUCACCACCAUCGACAUCGCCCCCGUGAAGCGUCCGCAGCUCUCCGGCAGCCUCGUGUGCUCCGUCGACAACUAUCCCUUCACCGUUAUGUUCGUGGAAGAUUGCACCGGCAUCUCGAGUGACGCCGUCACGCAGCUCGUUCAGCAGCAUGCGGUGCGGUUGGCAGAGCAAAUUCGGACGUGUACGAGGAAGUCGGUGCGAGUGUUUCUUCUCGACCACGUGUGCGAGAGCUGGCCCGGGGUGAUGGGUCAUCUGAGCAGCUUAGACCUCGCACUGCAACUGAGACUGGUGCUUGCUGGCGCGGUUGCUGUCGAUGCUGUUGGCGCGACACCGCAUGACAGAAAGGACUUUAAAUCUCCUGAGAUUGUCUCAGCCGCGUCCGACACGGUAGGCGGCGCCAGCGCAAUAGCUACCGCGUCAGCGCAGUGGAAGUGCUCUGCGUCUCUGUACGAUCCGUGGCAAACGCAGCCACGCUUUACCCCACUGCGUAACUCGACCGACAGCAAGGGAGACGCCGGUGCAGAGGACACGUUGGUGCUCACGGGAGAGCUUCUUGCUGUCGUAAAGCGCGUUAUGGCUCGAGUCGAGGUGCUGCUCACUGCCCGCUGUGCUGCGCAGGUGGAGGAGAGCGCUGGAGAGGCGGCCCGCUACACGCAUGAAGCCGGCCAAGAGCUGUCGCAGCUGUGGCUCACAUCGCAGCUGCAAUCGGCUGCCAUGAAGGCACAGGCAGCGUCUUCUCCGCCGCGGUGGUGGUUUGAGGCAGUCUCGUCCUUGUCGUGUCCAACGUGGGUGUUAUCGUGUAAGUGCUGGGCGGACGUGUCCCGCAACGAGGCGGUGGGUGUGCAGCUGCGCCUCGAGCACGUAGUCGUGGAUGCACGCAGUGCUUCCGCUGGUCACUCACCCACCGUCCUCGCACACGCACUCGUCAACCGCGUGCAGGUGCCGCUCAUUCUCCGCAGCGCUGCACCCAACGAUACGGACUGCCUGUACGCAGACGAAGCCUUCAGUGAUGCCGCCCAGCUGCGGCAACAACGGCACGUUCAAACGCUCACCUCGACAGAUCUUGUUACCCGCCUUACCAACGGCACCAUCUCGCUCUCGGCUGCUUGGGCAGAUACGCCGUUGCGUACGUGCGGGGUGUUUGUAGAACAGGCAGCCCUGUUGUCCCCCACAGUCGCGUACGACUGGCUCGGCGCAGAGCGUUGCAGUGAGGUUGUUGCGGAAGUUGGUCUCAACAACUAUACUGCCACCGCCGCAAUGAAAGCAGAGGCGCCGCAGCUGCCCGGUGCGGUGCGUUGGACAUCCUUCGAAGGUCGCAGGGUGAUGGAUGCGUUUGUGGCUGCUGCUGCCGCUGCGCCUUGCGACGCUGUCGAAGGUUGUCGUCUGCCUCCACUGUGGCCGCGCGUACAACCACAAAGCAGUGCGACGGAAACCAGUCGUCGAGCGGCUUUCCGCGAGCUCAUCCGUAGCGAACUCGGACUCCGCCAGCUGCCGCGCACCGAAUUGAACGCCCUGCCGGCGGGGACGACGGAUGGGGUGUUUGUAUGCGAGGACGACGUUGUUGUGGGGUGGGAAGCGCCGAAGGAGGCGGAGGCAGCAAGGCUGCGGAUCGGCACGGAGUGGUACGUGAACGUGGCGGCAGCCGCGCAGGCUCACACACCUUGGGCACUGCCAUUGUGUACUCCGACUUCUUCAACGGCAGCAACAGCGGCAACUGCAAAGGUCAGGCGAGACGAAACAUUGCUGCCGAUCAGAAAGCUGGUUUGGGUACUGUCUAUUACAGACUCCCUUCUCCGCAGCGGCGUGUCGCAUGCAACGUGGGACGCGACUGCCGACGAGCUUCUGUGCUUCACACACGCGCCGCGGGAACCGCCGCUGCGCUUUUCGACGCUGUCGACAACGGACGGUUUAGCGUCGCUGUUCCGCUUCUGUGCAAAGUCCGCCGUCCACUCGCGCACGUUCUAUCUUACAACGCAACCUGCAGAACGGGUGGUGCCUCGUCUUCUUGGACACAUGAUGACGUGCCGCGCUGAGGCAGAAACAACUGACACUCGCAGCGGCCGCAGUCGCAGUGUCGCGCCACAGUUGAGCUCGGCCCGCGAUGACGAUGACGGUCGCGUCAUUGCCGUCCUGCCUCUUCCUUUUCACGCGGGCACGACACGGCUGCUAGCGUCGUCGAAGCUGACUCGCGCCACCGAACUGCGUCGAUUAAUAACGUAUAUACAGCACUUCAGCAGGAGCUCCUCGGCAUUCACGUCAUUGUUGGCCGCCGCACCUCCCGUCAACUGGAACUUCUUUCACGGGUGGGCCGUAACGGAACCCUGGCUGCAGCCCCGCGGUCCGCUGCGCGCUGAGCUUUUGGCCGAUGCUACGGCAGACGAAGAGCUGCGCAGGCGAAGGGCAUUGGAUGGACGUGAGAGGAGUCCGGCGGGAAGGAGCACGUCCGCGUGCCGUGACGAUGCGGAGUCGCGUUCAUUCACCCUCUGCGUGGACGCUGCUCCAUCCGCGGAAGGCAGCAACGAGGAAAAGACGAGCGACGUGGCUGCCGUCGCGCUCCACGGCGACGAAAAGCUGCCUUCGUUGCCGGCGCAAACGCGCGUUCGCCUUCCUGUCUCCGGCGGGGCGUGGAUCAGUGCGGCGUACGCUGCAAUUCGUGCGGCUGCCCUUUCCCUGCCUCCGACUGCAGCUCCGUCUCCGACCGAAGACGGUGACAAAUUGUUGCGCCUUCUGCAAUGCGCUACGUUUGCCCAGCUGGCGGAGGUGGCUCUGUGCACCCUGCUCAACGACGGCAUGGGUCGCCGCCGCAUGAGCUACGCUCACCUGCUCUUUGCCCUUUUUGGCAACCACGCAGUCUUCGUGAAAGAGGGCGGUGAGGUCAAGCUGCACCUUCAAGUAACCCCCGAGGCUUCCGUGUGCCUUUCGCGCUCCAGCGAAGAGUCCCCUGUAGCAAAGACACGACAUCAGUCGAUGCAGUGGCGCGUGUUGCUCAUUGUCGCGUUCUUCGCAGACGCUGCGCCCGAGCUGCUGAAGUCGCUCGAGGCAGCAAAAAGUUUGAAUUCGGUUUUCUCCGAUUUGAGUAGUCAGAGUCAGAGCCAUAUUGGCAGCAUUGCAAUCCGCAUUCGCUGGCUGGUGAAAUCGGCAAUAACGCGGACAGCACGCGAUGCCGAUGGGGCGUCGAGACUUCUCUUCAUCGCGGAGGUGUGGAGAGCAGCGCAGCCGUCGGCUUCCGCUGCCUCUUCCCCUGCUGAGGCGAUGAACGAAGGGAAGCUGGUGUACACGGCCUCCGAUUUCUCCUUGGCAGCCGUACUACAGAGCGUGCUGAACGACUUCUUGAGGCCGCUACAGAUGGUGUAUCGCCCAGCCGGUUCCGACGAGGUCGCGCGGUGCGUGACGAAACGGCACUGCACAUACUAUUCCCUCGACUUCAUGCAACGCGAAAUUGCCUGGCAGCGCCAAUUGCAAGAGGUGACAACACAAUACGACGUGGUAGCCGGCAGCCUGCGCAUACUGGGACGGAAGCAGCGAUGCAAGGAUGGCAAAGUUGCAGACGACGACUCGCCGGUGGUUCUUGCGGAGGAAACUGUCUCCACCUGGGGUCGCGUGCCCCAAGUCAUCUACCGGCUGCACCGGCAAUUAUUACCGAACGCUGAGCAGCAUCGACCAGAGGUGACAGUUGACAAGCUUUGCUCAUUGAGCUGGAAACACGUGCGUGAUUGCCUCUGCGAGGUGCUGGGCUGCACCGAAGAACACUUAACCGGUACGUCUGUGUUACACAAUCGAAUGUGGUACUGCGAGAUGAUCCUCCCUUCCCACCUGUUCUCGCUUGCGCAAGUUUCCACGGUGUCGCCGCCGCCCUCUCAUUUCUACCUCUCCAGCUGCAACACGGGAAAGCAGAGCGGGCAAAGCCUUCUCCUCGCGUGCUUGUUUCAUUGGAUUCAAUUCUCGCAGACAGCGGAGGUGGACUACGAAAAACUUUAUGGCGUACAGUGCAGCACGACGCGCGUGGUCUGCCCCCAAGCGAUGAAGAAAGCACAUGAGGACCGAUCGUUUCUGCGUGAAAUGCGGCCCGACAACGACGGCGGCGGUCCUCACAGUCGUGGUGUUGUUGCCCCGAAACUUCUCUCCCCUGCCACUUCAUCGACGCCGUCCCCGGCGACACCGUUUGAAAAAGCUGGUCCUCUCGCUAGGCGUCCCAGGGCAUCGACGGUGUUGGGUGGCGCCGGCCUCAUGAAGAUUUCGUUGGUGGAUCGGACCCACUCCAAGGUGAAGGCGCUGCUGAGCGAAGUACUGGACGACUCACGCGGGCACGUAGCGUUGAAGCUCAGCCAAACGUUUGGGCUCGAGCUCAUGUACGACGUCGUGGCGGUGAAGGACGAUCCCGACGAAAAGCACGACUGGAUAAGUGCCGGCUCGGUGCAGCUUCUCCGCGAGUCGUGGGCACCUGGCACGUGGGCACCCGCACAGAUUCUGCGCGCCGAAGCGGUGGUCCUGGCGCGGCUGCUGUGCCGUGACCCUGACAUGCCCGAAAAGGAUCGAGCUGAACUGUUGCACGUCGCAAUGCGGGAGCUGAUGCACCAGCAGCCCUUGUUGAGUCUGAGCUGUGGCGCGGACAUCUCUCGCAAAGACUUUUGUGUGUCGUUCCUGCGCCGCUACUUCGGCUGGCGGGUGUGCGAGCAGGCGGACGUCGCCGAUUUGCCGAUCAGCGCCACACAAAGCAACAUCGUCGUGUACACGAGCAUCGCCAAUGCAGCCUCCUCGUCGGCGCCGAGGCGCGGACGAAGCCACAGAAAACACGCACCACUGCUGACGCAGACACGCGCCUCACUACAUCUAGGUCAGAUUGUUUCCCAGGGUGACGCGCGUGUGCGUCUGGCGCAGGUGCUUGUGGAGGCUGCGGACGCUGACGUCGAUGCGGCGGGGGAGCUGCUGUGGGACGCGUGUGCGCGCCGGGUGAAGGAAGUCUUUGGGGUGUCGCGGCUCAUGACAACGUCCGAGGUGGACACCGGCAUGCUUCGCUUUAUGGAACGAGGGGGAUCGCGACGGGGUUGA